CUACUCGUAUCCAGAUGUCUUUGGACAUGCCCUGAAGCCGUAGAGAGUCAUUAUUCGCCCAGUAGAGCACUCACGGCAAUCCAUCACCACCGUCAUCAUCACCUGUUGCUUCUCAUCCUUGACGGCCUUGAAAAUACAGGGUGCCUGUUCACAGAUCUACCGGUAUACCGCAUAAGCACCACCAGGCAAUUACCUCCGUAUCUGACUCAAGUAGGAUCCAAGCAACGCACCCACAUCUACCCGUUUCCCAGGCUCCAGGCCCCAGAUCGCCACGUACCUCCCCAUUGCUUCUCUGCCAUAACGACUAAUUCUUUGUCCCCUCUUCCCCAAAUUCAGGCCUGACAAACCACUGCACCGACCAGACUCACCGUCGCCCACAGCCCUAUUCUCUCACACAAACCUCUUCUGACCACUCUGUUGGGUGUCCCUUACCUUGCGCAUGGCGCCCUGAGCGACUCUUCAUCAGUCAAUCAGCCAGGUAUUUCAAUCCUUAGGAUUACCCCUACCAGAAACAGCUGUGGUGACACCCUAGCAACCUCUCGACCAUCACUGUGUGUCGAACAUGACAGACGACGUUGACACCUUGGAGGAUGGAGAGUCUCAUCCACAAGAAUCCCGAUCCAAUGAGUCUGUUCCUCGCCCCAAGAGAAUAGCAUGCAUUCUUUGUCGGAAGAGGAAGCUGCGAUGUGAUGGCAACAAGCCCAGCUGUGGAACGUGUUCAAGAUUGAGUCACCAUUGCGAAUAUUCUGAGGAACGGAAAAAGAGUGGCCCAAAGAGGGGAUACGUCAAGUUACUCGAAGCCCGCCUCAGACAAGUCGAGAAUUUAUUGGAAACGAGAGAUGGGGUUAGUGACACUGCCGCACCAGCAACAACCGCCUCCUCUUCCACAAGUGUUCCGGCGCCUCAUGACUCUACCAUGACAGAUUCGUCCAUGCCUGUCAACAUCACAGCUGCAGAUUUUGAUCCGACAUAUCUUGACGCCGUCCCCGACUUUUCAGCGAAUGAUUUCUCCAUCAACACGGGCGAUGAUUUCUCGUGGGAAAUGAUAGGCCUUGGCCUUGAGGAAGCCCUUCCUUCACAAGAUGUGAUUGACGAACUGAACGAGAUUUACUUCCUCAAGAUUCACCCCUCGAUGCCCAUGAUCCACAAAGCCAGAUUCCUCUCGUCCAUGAAUCUUGCCCCAAAUUUGCGACCACCAGCAUGCUUGAGAUACGCCAUGUGGGCACAUGCUUGUUCCGUGUCCCCCAAGUACACUACAUCUGCCGAGCAUUUUUACCAGAGAGCACGAAAAUACGCCGAAGCAGAUGAAAUGCGAGGCCGCGGCGAAUCCAUGGUCUCUCUUUCUCAUGCGCAGGCCUGGUCCUUGAUUGGUUGUUACGAGUUCAAACUCAUGUACUUUCCCCGCGCAUGGAUGAGCAUUGGCCGAGCGACAAGACUUACUCAAAUGAUGGGCUUACAUCGACAAGAUCGUGUGGGCCUGGAUGUUAAACAAACUCUCCCACCUCCAAGAGAUUGGACCGACCGAGAAGAAAGACGCCGGACUUUCUGGAUGGCUUACUGUCAGGAUCGUUAUGCCAGUGUAGGCACGGGAUGGCCUAUGGGUUUCGACGAACGAGACAUCCUUACAAAUCUGCCCUCCAGUGACGAGGCUUUCAACAAGUCGCAGGCUGAACCAACCCUUCAACUCUCUGACCUCAUGAACGGUGAUGGCGCCGCCACCUUGUCCUCCUUCGGCGGCAUCAUCUUGAUGUCGACCUUGUAUGGCCGCAACCUCCUUCACCUACAUCGCCCAUCAGAAAACGACAACGAUCACGACCUCAAUGGACCUUUCUGGAAACGACAUCGCGCUUUGGACAAUAUACUACUUAAUACCGCAUUAUCUCUGCCAUCUAAUCUUCGAUUGCCAGCUGGAAUACAAGACCCCAACACCGUCUUCCUCAAUAUGAACUUGCAAACAGCAACCAUCUGUCUCCACCAGGCCGCCAUCUUCAAAGCCGAUAAAAAUCACCUCCCAGCACAGAUUAGCGCGGAAUCCAAGCGGAGGUGUAUUGUUGCUGCGGAUCAGGUCACCAAUAUCAUGAAAAUGAUCAGUCAUCUCGACAUGUCUCUGAUGAAUCCUUUCAUCGCCUUCUGCCUCUACGUCGCCGCACGUGUCUUUGUGCAAUAUUUAAAAGCACGAAGAGACGACACCGCCGUUUUAUCCUCGCUCCACUUCCUCCUUGCCACCAUGCAAGUCUUGAAAACAAAAAAUCCGCUAACCGAGUCUUUCCUUGUGCAACUCGACGUUGAUCUGGAAGGCACCGGACUUGAUAUACCCUCGAGUAAAUCACGCUGGAAGUUUGGUCAACGUCCACCUGUAACUUUGAUCACCACCCUUCAUCCGCCCCACAAUUCUAACAGACAACAGGGAGAGAGUCCUGCCAAUACCGAUUCACUCAAAUGCAGCCCACUCUUCGAGAUUCGUCAAAGUCAGGCUCCACAUUUGAAUGCCGGAGCCGAACCAGAAAGGGAUCCCCUGACGGUGCCAAGUGGGAGCAGUGUGAAUCCAGAUCCGGGACUCAAUGACUAUGCUGGCAUUUUCAACAACGACGUGACCCAGGGCAAUCUUGCGUCUGGACAGACGAACCCGUUGAAUGAUCUCUCUUUCGACAACAGCUAUGGAUUUCCACAGGUUCAAAGCGCGAGUGUGGGACAACAUGCCUCUCCAGGAAGUACUUCGCAUCAUGGUAGCACCAAUGGUACUUCAUCCAGGUCACAUAGCAAUCAUCCCACCCCGAGUACAAGUUCCAAUCCAACAUCGUCGUAUGCUUCGAACCCAUCGCCACAAAAUCCAGUCAACAUGUCGUCCAACUACAACGAUGGAACACAGUUUAAUCCAGCCAUGCAAUUUCAAACAAGACAUAUUUCGCAGGAGUUUGUGUUUCGAGGACAAAGUCAAUGGCCGACAGGGAACGAGAACAACAUGAACUUUCCCGAAAUGAAGACGACGAUGAACGAUGGUAUUACCGGGUUGACACCCGGCCACACAGGAAUGACUCCAAUGCCGGAUGGGAUGUGGCCUACAGACCCUAUGAGUGAAAACGGAGAUUGGAUGUUUACUUGGCCCGGUCAAACCCCGCGACCUUAGUCGCAGAAAAGGAGGGCCUUUUAUGAUGAGAUGACAUGGAUAUAUUGGAGGCUGACUGAGGUCGAUAUGGAAAAAGAGAGACCCACGGAUGGGGCCGAUUCCAAAAAUGAAAACGGCAGAAACGCAAAGAUUAUUGAUACCCUUGGAAUAGGUGGAUUUGGAGUUGUGGAAAAUAGCUGAUGGAUGUUUGAACUUCCGAGCAGAUCAUGCGCUACUUGAAAAUCUUGGGUAUAUAUCUCAUCUCUACUAUUGGGAAUCUGUUGAGACCAGAUACUAGCCUCCAAUAUGAAUUGGAUUGUAGACUAUUGAGGCCUAAGGCAACUGAGGAAUCAUUCAAC